AUGACCGCGCCACAACCAGAAGUUGCUCCGACAAGCACUCCCUCUGCCAGUACGGAUAAUGCCACGAGACUCGAGUCCCAGUCCUCCUCCGUUACCGCCAGUGCCUCCGAACUCGCCAGUACAAAGAAGACACUGCAUGCCACGCUUCGCGCUUUCCCCGACUUCCCUAAACCGGGCAUAAUCUUCGUCGACAUCCUCCCUCUCUUCGCAGACCAUACCGCCCAUACCGCCCUGAUCCGCGCUCUUGAGCUUCAAGUCCUGCACUUUGGUGUCAAGCCCGAUGUUAUCGUAGGCCUUGAUGCCAGAGGCUUCCUCUUCGGUCCCAGUCUGGCUCUUCGACUUGGUGCCGGCUUUGCUCCCGUCCGAAAGGCUGGCAAGCUUCCUGGUCCCUGUGAGAAGGCGGCGUUCGCCAAGGAGUACGGGCAGGAUUUCUUUGAGAUUCAGAAGGACGGUAUCAAGAAGGGUCAGAAUGUGCUGGUAGUCGACGAUAUUAUUGCUACUGGCGGUUCUGCGGAAGCUGCAGGAAAGCUGGUUCAACAACUUGGUGGCAAUUUGGUUGGCUUCUUGUUUAUCCUCGAGCUCGACUUCCUCAAGGGCCGGGACAAGUUGAUGGCGCCAGUCAUGACUCUUCUUUCGGAUGAUACGAAGUGA